CAGCUCCAGUGUUAUGGCGUCUGGGGUCACCGGCAGUGUCUCUGUUGCCUUGCAUCCUCUAGUCAUCCUCAACAUCUCAGACCACUGGAUUCGUAUCCGCUCCCAGGAGGGGCGGCCCAUGCAGGUGAUUGGCGCCCUAAUCGGGAAGCAGGAGGGUAGAAACAUUGAGGUGAUGAACUCCUUUGAGCUGCUUCAUCAGUUGGUAGAUGACCGAGCACACAUUGACAAGGAGUACUACUACACCAAGGAGGAGCAAUUCAAACAGGUUUUCAAGGACAUGGAAUUCCUGGGCUGGUAUACCACAGGCGGUCCUUGUGACCAAUCAGACAUCCACAUUCACAAGCAGGUGUGUGAGAUCAUUGAGAGUCCUCUGUUCCUCAAGCUCAACCCAAUGACCAAACACACAGAUCUCCCUGUCAACGUGUACGAGUCUGUCAUCGACAUCAUCAACGGAGAGGCAACCAUGUUGUUUGCUGAGCUGGGGUACACUCUGGCCACAGAAGAGGCGGAGCGAAUCGGAGUGGACCACGUGGCUCGCAUGACAGCCACUGGCACAGGGGAGAAUUCAACAGUGGCAGAACAUCUCAUAGCCCAACACAGUGCAAUUAAGAUGCUCCACAGCAGGGUGAAAGUCAUCCUGGAAUACGUCAAAGCUGUGGAAGCAGGAGAGGUGCCAUUUAACCACGAGAUCCUCAGAGAAGCCAAUGCUUUGUGCCAUAGACUGCCUGUUCUCAGCACCAUCAAAUUCAAGACCGACUUCUACGAUCAAUGCAAUGACGUGGGCCUCAUGGCUUACCUAGAUACCAUCACCAAGACCUGCAACAGCAUGAACCAGUUCAUCAACAAGUUCAACGUCUUGUACGACAGACAGGGCAUCGGCCGGAGGAUGAGAGGACUGUUCUUUUGAGCGAGAGAGAGAGAGCGGGAGGGAGGGAGGGGGGGGCAUGAAAGAAGAUGUCACACGAACUGCAAAUGUUCAUUUGCUUGUCUGUAUUUUGUUAAGUUGUCUCAUCGAACCAGUUUACUGUUUUCAAAGGUAGCAAAUGCUAGAAGUGUCUCAGACCACUUGUCUAUACCAUAAAAUCACACAAACAAACUUCUCACUCGCAGUUUAAGGUUGGUGACUAUUCACAUUAACGAAUCCAUGUACACGAACAGAAAUCACAUUUUUUGCUUUGUUUUGUUCCAUGUUUCUGUAAGUAAUAAAUAAUCUGCAGAUUUUUCGUGGGACUUUGAUUCCUGUUUAUCACAAAAAUAAACGUGGAUCAGAAAACCAGUCAGUAUCUAGUGUGACCACCAUUUGCCUCAUGCAGCGCAACAUCUUUUGUAUAGAGUUGAUUGUGGAGCGUUGUCCCACUUUUCUUCAGUGGCUGUGCGAAGUUGCUGGGUAUUGGCGGAAACUGGAACACACUGGUACACAUCGAUUCAGAGCAUCCUAAACAUGCUUAAUGGGUGACGUCUGGCGAGUAUGCAGGCCAUAGAAGAACUGGGACAAUUUCAGCUUCUAGGAAUUGUGUGCAGAUCCUUGCGGAACAUGAGGUGAUGGCAGCGGAUGAACGGCACGACAAUGGGCCUCAGGAUCUCGUCACGGUAUCCCUGUGCUUUCAAAUUGCUAUUGAUAAUGCAAUUGUGUUCGUUGUCCGUAGCUUUUGCCAUAACCCCACAAUGUUGACAUGAGCAAACCGCUCAUCCGCACAGCCAUCUGCCCAGUAGAGUUGAAACGGAUUCAUCCAUGAAGAGCACACUUUUCCAAUGUGCUUGUGGCCAUUGAUGGUAAACAUUUGCCCACUGAAGUCAGUUACGACACCGAACUGCAGUCCGGUCAAGACCCUGGUGAGAACGAAGAGCACCCAGAUGAGCUUCCCUGCGAUUGUUUCUGACCGUUUGUGCAGAAAUCUUCAGUUGUGCAAACCCACAGUUUCAUCAGUUGUCCUUGUGGCUGGUCUUAGAAGAUCCCGCAGGUGAAGAAGCUGGACGUGGAGGUCCUGGGCUGGUACGGUUACACGUAGUCUGGGGUAGUGAGGCCAGUUGAAAUUCUCUAAAAUGAAGUUGGAGGUGGCUUAUGGUAGAGAAGUUAAUAACAUUAUCUGGUGGACAUCCUUGCAGUCAGCAUGCCAAUUGCACGCUCCUUCAAAACUUGAGAUCUGUGGCAUUAUGAUGUGACAAACACCCAACGGCUAAGACUUUUAGAGUUGAGAUCCUAAUGUAUAAUAGCUAUUUGGCAGGUGUUUUAUCUAAAGCGACUUACAGUAGUGCUUCCAUUUCUGGCGUGGACAGGCGUACACUGGUAUCUGAAACAGUUACGCAAGAGCCCUGUUUAUAUCUGGGCAAACAUGCGUCCUUGGACUUAUCCACAUUCUGAUUGUGCUGGUCGUAAAUUGUCUCAUCUGUCUGCAUUUUGUCCAGAUAUCCUGUCCCCUCCCCUGUAUGCAAAUUAUUUGACAUUGAUGACAUUUACAGGUGAUGCAAUCAAGUUAAGUCACCUGUAGAGGGUGGGAUAAUUAUGGUUUAAAUUUCCAGGUCCCUCUACACUUGUAAGAUAUCCAGACAAUGCUUGUCUGAUGACAUCCAGAGUUUUAAGGGAGCCUGUAGUCAAGUAGAUACAGAUCCUUCAGAGAGUAUUCCCUUUGACUUUAUCCACAUUUUGUUGUUACAGCUUGAAUUUAAAAGGGAUUGAAUUGAGAUUGUUUAACGACACACAAUACUUCAUGUCAAACUGAAAUUAUGGUUUUAGAAAUGUUUACAAAUAAAUUAAAUCA